AAAGCGAUUCGAAGAUGUUUUUGAUGGUGGAGAUUAUCGACCCCUGCACCAUCCUCCGGGUGAGGGAUUGGAUAAAUAUGUGGACGUGCGAAGAUUCGUCAGUCCACACAAUUUUGGAUUAUUUUAAAUUUCGAGGCAGCAAGAUGAAGAAAGGCCUAUUGAAGCAGUUAGAACCCUCGACCGGUGCAUUCGAAGGUUUGGACAUUUUUGAAAAUAACAUCAAGUCUGCUUAUAGACAAGCUGUGAUGAAGGUAAGACCAACCUGUCAAACGGCCUGUUAUAUGUAUGAGCUGUUUAACGACGGAGUUAUACUGAGAAAUACGAAGAAUCAUCGGCCUGUAAUAUGUAUGAGCUGUUUAACGACGGAGUUAUACUGAGAAAUACGAAGAAUCAUCGUCUUAAUUUUUAAUAAAUAGUAACAAGUUUAAUAGUUUCUUA